UGCUUCCAAAUAAAAUGGUGUAACAUAUCAUCUUCAAAAUACAAAACCCCAAAAGAAACCAUAACUGUUCAACUGGUCUACAAGUCAUAUUCUUUUAUUGUAGAUCAGCCUCAAUUGUGUCUUUCCAAUGAAACAUUAGCAAGGGACCAAUUUUUUGGAAGUUAGAAUGGAAGCCCAAAAUAUGGAACAUUCAGCAAAAGGAAUUCAGAUAGACAUUGACCAACGAUUGGAAACUUCAGAUACAACUGAUCCAAUUAUUGCCCCAGACAGUCCAGCCAAAAAGGCUUCUAUCUUUUGCUUUAAGAAAAGGAAAAAGUCUUGUGAGAAGGUAGAAGAGAAGGAUGAGAACCAUGAAUCCAAUUCACUUAGCUUAAGGGCUGCUAACCAGUCUUCUGACAUGGGGCACAAUGAAACAGAGGUAUCAAGUCCAUUCUGGACUUCAGGGGAGGCCUGGCUGGCUUUCAAACGACUAGUGACAUUAAGGAGAAGAUCCAAAUCCUCUCUGAAGAAACAAACACAGGCUUGUUCUCGCGUACAUCUAGAUGUGGACAUAGGAGAUUCUGGCAGGACACGAUUUCCUAAGGAACAUACCAAUUCUAGCUCUAAAAUUCCCUGCCUAAGACUCUCCAGAAGCAAAAAAAGGACCAGCCACUCUGAAAUAAUAGAACAGCCCGAUUGUGAGAAAAAAGAAGGUAUUCAUUCAGCAAACAUCCUGAAUGAAAAAAGUAACAAAGAGCCAGAGAUUGUGGCUAUGGAAGCUCCACUGGAUACAAAACAAUCUCCCAGCAAAGGUCUUCAGGAAGGAGAAAGCGACAGUGGAGCCAUGACAAAUAUAGAAAAUGCGGCACUCUCUAAUAGAGAGAACACGUUUCCUGAUCCCAAUUGUUAUAUUGACUGUGGAGUUCCAUCAGAAAUAAUCCAUUCUGAAACUGCACUUGUAACUGAAGAAGAGAAGCAAAUAUUUCAGUUACAUCAUGGAACCCUCUAUGGAAACAUUGAAGACCUGGAAAAUCAGAAGUUCAGUUUUAAUGUUGAGAUCGGUCCUCCCAUUCCUCAGGAUCUGCCUGAAAGUGAACAACAACUUAUAGGAAGAGAGGGAACCAAAGAGAUCAAAUCACAGCCAUUUGUGGUAGACACUGAUGUUGUGGCCAAAAGCGAGGAUGUUGCUGCUAAGGAAGGUCAUUCCAUUGAAGUGAUGUUGCAUUGCAGCCCAUCUGUAAUGGAAGACGAGGCUUCAGACAUACCGGUUUGUUUUGAUGAAGAAGAGAAAAGUGAAGAAAAUCAGUUUACCAUUCCUGGGGCUGGCAUUGUUAUCACGAUCACUGAAGCUGAAGAUGAUCAGGAUGAGGAAGAAGAAUCAGCUCCUACCUGUGAAAUGUUUGCAUUUCCCCAAGCCAUCAAGCAAAAAGGGAAGAAAAAACCUAGCAAAAACAAAACUUCUGCUUCAGGGUGCAACUACACAAAGGAAGACCAAGCUGGCUCCCAGGUCUCAUCUUCCUUUGGUACCAACAGCCAGGAACACUGGACUUCAGAGCAAUAUGAAAUGCUAUUGAUUGAAACAGCUGCCUCGCUUGUGAAGACAGCUAUUCAGUCAUCUGUUGAGCAGCUUGUCAAUGAAAUGGCUUUGGAGCAAAAUAAACAAAACAGUGUUUUAUGAUCACAGGGUCCUCUUUGUAAAUUAGAGGCAGGCCUGCUAUCAGCAAAGGGAGGCAAAUAGAAGCCUUUGAACAAAUUGGCUUGUUCUUGAAAAGAAAGUACCCUUUGGAUUUUCUUUGUCCAUUGCCAGCACUGCUUGAUCCAUCUUUAAUGACCAGUUCAGUAUUAAUGCUGUGAGGAAAUGUUCCAGAUGUCCUGAAGUAUUUAAACUUAGCAUGAGAGAUUGGGGAGGGUCUUAAAUUCCUGAGAUAUUUGCAAUAUCUGUGAUUAACUUAAUUUUGCAUGUUGGU